UCGCUUCUCAUCUAUUCAUCUAAACAUUUACGGAAGUUUCCGAAAAUAGCCGAGCAAGGAUACUUAUGAAAGGGUACGUCAUCACAACGUCAUCGAUGACGUAGACUUCGUAAAAGGGUAACCUUCCAAGGCGAACGAGAACGGAAGAUGGCUUCAAGCUUCAACAACCUGUCGAAACUCGGCAAGGCUUCUGUACAGAUUGUCAGGGCCGAAAUCGGUCUUUUAAACACAAGAAGAUGCUAUUACACAUGUCGCGUACUGACGGUAAAAACGCCAGAACUGUUGACAAAGCCAGAUGACCUCCAGAUCACACAGUGUAGAACCUUCUUCAACCCGUUUGACAAGGCUGCAGAACUCAGCCCCUUCAAGUCCAACAGGAGAAAGGAGUACUCAGAGAGAAGAAUUUUAGGAUAUACCAUGGAUGAGAUGUACCGGGUAGUAGCUGAUGUGAACGAGUACAAACACUUUGUGCCUUGGUGCCUGAGCUCCAGCGUUAUCUCACAGAAGCCUGGGCAUGCUAAGGCCAAACUUGAGGUGGGGUUCUCACCACUGGUGGAGAGAUACACAUCAACACUCACACUGGCUCGACCGCAUCUAGUCAAGGCCGUAUGUACAGACGGAAAGCUGUUCAACCACCUGAUCACUGUGUGGAGGUUCAGCCCUGGACUACCUGACAACCCCAGGACAUGCACUCUGGACUUCUGGAUUUCAUUUGAGUUCCGGUCAGCCUUGCACUCCAAGUUGGCGUACAUGUUCUUUGACGAGGUGGUGAAAAAGAUGGUGAAGGCGUUCGAGAAACGGGCGGCGGCCGUUUAUGGGGAGACACCGAUUAGGUCUCAGAUCAUCUCUCACAGUACAUCAUGAAGGGGGGAGAUACUAAUCUCGGGGCCAAACCAAGGAAAUUAUAGGGGGUGGCAAAUGUGUAGCAGAUUUUAAGAAAAUGUUUCAUUAUUUUGUGCUGCUAUAUAAAGUUACUUCUCUUGUAUUAACAAUAUAGUGGUACAAAGUUAUGAUUUUAUUAAAACUAUUUCAGCAUACAUUUCUCAAAAAUGAAAAGUGACAUUGAUUCAAAGGACUGUUUUAUGUAUGGCAAACUGGUAAAGAUUGACAGCUAGAGUGUUCAAGUGUUCGUAUACUCAAUGAAUACGGGGUAUUGUAUUAUACUGUACAGUAUAUAAAAAUAAUACUUAGAAAACUCUUGAAAACUUUACAAAAAAGAAAGUAUGAUUCAUGUAAAUGGCCCUUGAUCAGACAAGUCAAAGACUUUGAAAAUCAUGAAAUGAUGUAUUUUUUAAAGUUAUAUGCAAAAUAAAAAAAAGGUUUGUCUCAGAUUGACAAGGAACUCCCUUUUGCAGACACCCUGUAGCUCACAAUAGCUUGUCCAGAUUGCAUUUGUAUAGUGAAUAAGGGACAUGCACUUGUGAUGGUUCCAGAAGACAAUAACGUUAUAAGAUUAUAACAGUUGUGUCUAGUGACAAUAAUAGCAAGAAUGAUAUAGUUGAUGAAGCCUUGCAUUGUGAUCAGAUCAGCUGACAAAAUAUGUAGAAAACAGUAGAAUCAUCUCAGGAAAAACCAACAUCUAAAAGGACCAUUAUUCACAGAGACAUGCAUGUAGUUCUUCGUUAAUUCCAUAAACAAGGGCUGAAUUACUCAUGAACAUUUCUGGUUGUCUAGUUUUUGAACCUGAUUUUGAACAAGUCUGAUUCACAUACCUUUUCCUAUGUCAUCCACUAUCAACUAGAAUAUUUCAUGGAUGAUUGACAUCUCUGUUAGCCAAUAAGAUCAUCAUUCUUAGUCAUAUGUUUGAGUUUUCAUAAUUUCAUCUUUUGAGUUAUACUUAUAGAUGUUAUAUAAAUGGUUAUAAACAAGGAAAAUAAAAAUGUGGAUUGUUUUUUUCUUUGUAAAUGAGACUGUAUACACAACUUGUAAAUUAGCUGAUUUGGUAUUUAUUCAGUAUUUAAUAUAUUAAAUGAUUGUUUAAACUUUGUCAAGAAUUUUGAAGUGGAAUUCAAUGAUGUUUAUUCAAUUUAUCACAAAAAUCUAUGGUUUUUAUUUGUUUUGAGAACAUUUCCACUUGCAUGUGAUUUUAUGUACGGAAGUGUACAGAAUUGAACAGUAUUUGAAAAUGCAGCAUUUUAGGUCUGACAAAUGUGAAAGCUCUCAGAGAAGGUUUUGAGAUGAAUUUGAACAUUAAGUACUUUACCCACCAAUGUUUCUGACAUUCAGAAUCUUAUGUGUAUACUGUUAGAAAGCAGCCUCUUCAAAAUGUCACAAUAAGUGUCAAAUUUCAUCACUCUUAGACUUUUUGUUUUACUCACUAUGCAUUACUGUGUCACAGCUUCUCGUCGAAUUAGAUCUGGUUUAGUAAAAUAAAGACAAGAAAGCAGUG